GUGAGGCUGGUUUAUACCCUCCGAGCGUUCCACAUUGCUAGUGUGCUUUGCUUUGUUUGGCUUGUUUCAACAAAGUGCUAUACCCUAUUUUGUGAUGGAUUCCUACACGUAUCAACUUCUGUUACCCUAUGGCUAUAUGAAGCUGAAGCGUGACAGGGAUCUGAAAUGGAAGAGGGUUUGGAGCAAGGAGUGGCUGUUGAAGAGGGGGACUCUCUCUCACAUGUCGCUCCUGACCGAGAUUAGGGAGAACAACCCCGAGGACUAUCGGAACUACCUGCGAAAUGGAUGACGCUACCUUCCAGGAGUUGCUGGGCCUUGUGACUCCCUACAUCAAGAGCAGGACACCAAGAUGCGGAGGGCCAUCACUGCUGAUGAGAGGCUGACUGCUACUCUGAGGUUCCUGGCUACAGGGCGGUCGCUGGAGGACAUGAAGUUCCAGACACUCAUCUCCCCCCAGGCUUUGGGUCGGAUAAUCCCUGACACCUGCAAGGCCAUUGUGAAGGUGCUGCAGGACCAGUAUUUAAAGCUCCCUGCAAGUACAUCUGAAUGGCAAGCUGUGGCAGAGGAGUUUGCCACCACCUGGCAUUUCCCGAACUGUGGUGGGGCGAUAGAUGGCAAGCACGCCCGCAUCAACCCUCCUGCAAGCAGCGGCACCCUUUAUUUUAAUUAUAAAGGGUAUUUCAGCAUCGUGCUGAUGACAGUGGUGAAUGCCAACUAUGAAUUCAUAUUUAUUGACGUUGGCAAAAACGGUCGUGCAUCAGACGGUGGGUCGCUGGAGAAUUCCACCUUCUACGAGCGGCUCACAACAAAGACCCUGAACUUGCUAUCUAGGGAGCAAACCCAGCACGGCCUCAAUUUUGUUUUCGUGGCUGAUGAGGCAUUCGCACUCCACGAGAACAUUAUGAAGCCAUACCCCCAAAAGGCAGCUGACAAGGGAGAAGCGCAUCUACAAUUUUAGUCGAUUCGACGAAUUGUAGAGAACACUUUUGGGAUCCUGUCUAGCCACUUCCGCAUAUUCCUUACGGCUAUCAAUUUGCAGGUGGAGAAGAUUGAUUGGGUGGUGACUGCGUGCUGUAUCCUGCAUAACUAUUUACGCAGCAAAACCACCCAGCAUAGGACACAGUCCAGAGGAACGCCAGGAGACCCAGACCCUGAACACCCAGACAAGAAUUCACCAUUUCCCUCUGUGGAACCACCUCCACUCCAUUCUAGGGCGAAAUAGGUCAGGGACGAGUACCUGGCCUAUUUUAAAGGGGUGGGUGCAGUCGAUUGGCAGGAGGCCCACAUUUAAUUAGUGUACUGUACUGUAUACUUACAGGUGCCGAGAGAUGAUGGCUCACCGUCUUCAGGCUCUGGUGUGGCAGUCCGAGGGAGGGAGGUGAAACCUGUCCGGGUAUGCUCUUGGUCCAGGACAAACUCCAGCAUGCUGUAGAACCAGAGCGAGGUUUUGUAAAUCUGGACCAAACCUGCUCCAGACUUUUUCGACUGCUCAAUUUUUUUGUGUUCUUUAAGGAACACCGGCCCUCAUUCCGUGUUGUUCGCUCGCAAGCUGCUUUUAGCAGCAUUUCACACGCUAGGCCGCCGCCCUCUGGGAGUGUAUCUUAGCUUAGCAGAAUUGCUACUAAAUAAUUCUUUGCAGUUUCUGAGUAGCUCCGGACCUACUCCUAGAUUGCGAUCACCUCAGUCCGUUUAGUUCCUGGUUUGACGUCACAAACAUGCCCUGCGUUCGGCCAGCCACUCCCCUGUUUCUCCAGACACUCCCGCGUUUUUCACUGACACGCCUGUGUUUUUUUGCAAACGCCGGGAAAACGCUGAGUUGCCGCCCAGAAACGCCCCUUUCCUGUCAAUCAUUUACCGAACACCAGUGCGACUGAAAAGCGCCGCAGAAGCCACAGCAAAACAGCUAAGUUUUGUGUUAAAUAACUAAGCGCACGCGCAAUUUGCAACUAAUCGCAGCAUAGCGAAAAUCGGCAACGAGUGAACAACUCGGAAUGACCCCCACCGUGCGAAGGUUCUGGAUCUUUUUCUUGACCCAUUCUUUGUCUGCAGUGGACACAACGGGCCUUCAGUACUUCACUAACUCCUCCAAUGCCACAUUCCGGUGCACUUUGUCAGAAUACCACUUGGCCUUGAUCUUCCAUAAACAUUCAUGUCCACGGUACAUCUCUAGUAGGCCGGUGAUGAAGUCUAUGUCACUAUCUAGAGACAUACCAGUAAUGAUAAAAAAAAAGUGGUGCACAUACUGUAUUUAGUGUUUUACAAAUUGUUUUAUUUAAGGUAUAUGGUUAAAUGUUAUUAUGGUUAAAUGUUAAUAUGUUUAUUUAUAUGGUUAAAUGGUUUUUUG